GCCGGUUUAGAUGCUGCCCAAGAAUUUUAGUAUGGUCACACUCCGAAGGCCAUUGUUUCGCCUUGAUUUGGCAAUGUCUAAGUAUCGGUAAUGCCAAUUUUUGGCAUGGAAACGAACCAAACAGCCCCGUAAUCUGAAAUUCCCCACCCCUGUCCUUCUUCCUCCAAAUCUCCUGCUCCUCUGACCUCGCCCUAGAUUGCUCUCUCUUCUAGUCUAUACCGCCCUACCGAGACAGGGAGAUGCGGAGGCCGUCGCCUUCGCCGACUCCGGCGAGGGGCCCGGCGGCCGCCGCCGCCGCCGCCGCCGCCGUGGUGAUCCUUCCGGCAAUCUUCCCCGGGCUCUUCUCCCCGCUGGGCCAUGCCUUCCCUUCCCUCUUCUCGGAAUGGAAUACCCCUAAGCCAAUGCAUCCUUCUCUUUUAAAUGAGGCUCUGCAAUGGGCAAUUCCAGAUGAACAGAAGAGAGAGCUCUGGUCACCCUUGCCAUAUCAGGGGUGGAAACCAUGCUUGAAACCAUCAAUUGCUCAUGCAUUGCCUCUGGAGCCAAGCGGAUACAUCCAGGUAUUUCUUGAUGGCGGACUGAACCAGCAAAGAAUGGGGAUAUGUGACGCAGUUGCAGUUGCAAAGAUUCUUAAUGCUACUCUUGUGAUCCCACAUCUUGAAGUAAACCCUGUUUGGAAAGACUCAAGCUCAUUUGAAGAAAUUUUUGACGUCGAUCACUUUAUCAACACCUUAAAAGAUGAAGUUUCUGUCAUCAAAGUGCUUCCAAAAGAAUUUUCAUGGAGCACAAGAGAGUACUAUGGAACAGGCAUCCGUGCUACAAGAAUAAAAACUGCACCUCUUCAUGCCUCAGCAAAUUGGUAUCUGGAGAAUGUCAGUCCUAUCCUGCAAAGCUAUGGCAUUGCUGCCAUUGCCCCCUUUUCUCACCGCCUUGCAUUUGAUGAUUUGCCUGCGGAUAUUCAACGCUUGCGUUGUAAAGUUAACUUCCAAGCUCUAGUUUUUCGGCCUCACAUUAUCUCACUGGGGGAGACUCUUGUGAAGCGCUUGAGGUAUCCAGUCCAGGGGCAUUCCAAAGAAUUAAUCCAUCAAGUAGUAGAAGAAAGCACAAAUCAAGCUGGAAAAUAUGCAGUUUUGCAUCUCCGUUUUGAUAAGGAUAUGGCUGCACAUUCUGCUUGUGACUUUGGAGGUGGCAGAGCUGAAAAAAUGGCUCUGGCUAAAUACAGGCAGGUUAUCUGGCAAGGGAGGGUAUUAAAUUCACAGCUAACUGAUGAGGAGCUUCGAAACACAGGACGCUGCCCGUUGACUCCAGAAGAGAUUGGGCUGUUGCUCGUAGCCCUUGGCUUUGACAGCAGAACUCGACUCUAUCUUGCUUCUCACAAGGUAUAUGGUGGGGAAGCCAGGAUUUCUAGCUUGCGCAAACUUUUCCCUCUGAUGGUGGACAAGAGAAGCCUUGCAUCUGAAGAUGAACUUGCUAAUUUUGAAGGGAAGGCUUCUGUACUGGGAGCUCUUGACUAUUAUAUCAGCAUGCAUAGCGAUAUUUUCAUCUCUGCAUCGCCUGGGAAUAUGCAUAAUGCAAUGUUGGCUCACCGAACCUAUGAGAACUUGAAGACCAUAAGGCCAAAUAUGGCAUUGCUUGGCCGCAUCUUUGUGAACAAGAGCAUGGAGUGGUCAGAGUUUCAGCAGGCUGUACAGGCAGGGCACAAAGGUAGAUACGGGCAAAUCAGGCUGAGGAAGCCGAAGCAAUCAAUCUAUACUUAUCCCGCAACAGAUUGUAUGUGCCAAGAGUAGCAGGCUAAAUUUCAUAUCAAAGAUGAGGUUCUGCUUGGCAAGAAGCUUAGAGGAGAGGAAGAGAAUGCUUUGGAUUGAGGGGUAUUUUAGGAAGUAAAAGUUGUAUCCAUACCCAAACCAAGUGUAUGCCAAACAUAGGAAUGAGAUUAAAUGUUUGUAUCCUUAUCCCAAACCCACCUCUUCAUAUCCCAUCUCAUACCUACCCCAAACCCAAUGCCUAUCCAAACUCCAUAAAGAUUUCUGCUUGAUCACCAGCUAAAUAGCUAAUGUUGCAAUGCCAUUCCUAAUACUGGCAUUUGCUUGCUCAAUUGGAUAUGGAAAUUGCCAAUUGUUUCUGAAGUUCUCAUUUAGCUCAUCAAUUGAAUCUUAGCUUACACGAGAUUGACCUUUAUCCUCCAAGGAAUCCAAUCCUGUUCCAGUUUCCAUGUGAAUGUUGUAGAUUUUGAGACUGAUGUUUAUAUACUGUGCAGAUGUAACUAACUGGAAUUCUUGGUUGUGACCAGUGAUAGCAACAUCUGAAUUUCCACUUUCUACUGUUCUGCUUCUACAUCUAUUUAAUUCCAUCCAGGUUUCUUCAGUUCUA